ACAAUUUCCACUAUAAAUUUCAUGUAAAACAAUAUACCUUAUUGUAGUAUAUUAUCCGAAUAUAGCAUCUACAAUAAAUAUCCAAAUUCAAGAAAAAAAAAGGCACUGAAAAGGAAAGAAAACCGUUUUCCUAUUCAGGAUUUAAAAUUUCCAACUACCAAACACUCCCCAAACUAAUUACCAAUUUGGAUGUCAAAAAAGGAAGACCUGGAAACUGACCACCACGCGCCAACCCCCACCACGCGCCAACCCCCAAAUCUAACAAACAUCCAUCCAAAAAAAACCCCUUUCUUCUUCUUCUUCUUCUGCCCUACCUGAAUUUUCAAUUCCAAUUACAUCCUGAACCAACCAGUCCAAUUUUUCAUUAUUUUUAUCAUAGUAUAUAUAUACAGACAAAAUUAUAUUUCUUUUAUUGAAUUUUCAGCAUAUUCUUCUCUCACAUCGAUUUUAUUUUCGCCAUCCUAAAUUUCCUCCUCCGUACAUCUCUCUCCCCCGCCUUUGCGUGCGCGUCUCUCCGACGAAGAACCGUUGGGCUCUAGGGCUACGGCUAGGGCUUUUUUUGUUUGCUUCAUCGUUUUGUCGAACACGUCAUUGCGAAAGGGCAAUAGUUUGAGGCGUUGUUGGCUUAGCGAGGCAGGAAAAUGAGGGCUUAGCCUGCUCUCAUUUCUUAUAACAAUAAUUGAAGUGGGGCCUUCUUUGCUAUGUUGGCUUUGAAUCGCAAUGGAAUCAGUAUGGUCAACUGUUUCUUUCAUUUUGCUGAAUGGCAUCCUCUGGAAGAGAGUAGUUGAUCGAAAUUCCGAGCCCACUUCAGUUUUUCCAUUAGACAAAGAGAAAAGGUUCUGCAGUCAGGCUUGUUAGUUUAUUGUGUGUUCUAAAUUAUUGGGGGACAGUUUUUGGCAUUGCAAAGUAUACACUAAGAGGAAUUCGAUUGAGGAAAGUGGCAGAGAUGGGCUGCUGUUGGUGCUUCGGUUUCUCGUUUGCAAGAAAGCCGAAGAAGGUGAUGAGAUCCAGUAGGGGGAUGAGUAAUAAUCCUUCACAGGAGUUCCUGUUGGAUGAUGACGUGGAAGAUGAUGAUGGCGAUGAUUAUUACAAUGGUGACAUGUCUGAUACUGGAAAUGGCGAUGAAUAUGAUUUUAAAAGCCCUACAAAACGUUCGGAAGAGAUUCUCAUGUACCGACUGCAGCAUGGAUUGAUAUGCAGGGAGUCUCCUGUUAAGGAAACCUACACUGUGAUACGCUCAGAGGAUGAAGAUGGGAACAAAACCGUUAAUGAAUACGUACGAGAACACAAGAUUGGUGCUGGCAGCUAUGGGAAAGUGGUGAGCACAUUUCUAAAAUAUUACAUUUUCUGGAUCUGUUUUAUGCUAUCUAACAUGUAA